UGAUUGGCCAGCUGUUUGCUGACAUCCAAUCACACCACGUCUCUGCUCCUCCAUAUAGGCUGCUGUGUUUCAGCGGGAUCGGACGAUGGGCUGUCCACCGUGAAUGUAUCACGGUUAAAAUGAACUCAUGCCCGGGUUUUUGACACUGUGUCCCGGUCCUAGUUUCAUCUACAGCCGCUGAUAGAUCCGGACAGACAUGGAGAAAGUUGUCAUAGUGACGGGCGCGAACAGCGGCAUUGGCUUGGCCCUGUGUGUAAGGCUGCUGACUGAGGACAGUCAGCUUCGGCUGUGUCUGGCCUGCAGGAACAUGCAGCGGGCCGAGGCCGCCCGCUCUGCUCUCCUGACCUCUCAUCCAGACGCCCAUGUAGACUUACUGCACCUCGAUGUGGGCUCUGCGCAAUCUGUGCUCGCUGCUGCUCAGGAGGUCAAGGCCAGGUACAACAGAAUUGACUUUCUGUAUCUCAAUGCAGGUAUUAUGCCAAAUCCACAGCUGAAUGUCAAAGCGUUUUUCAAGGGUCUGUUCUCCAGGAAUGUCAUCAACAUGUUUGCAACAGCAGAGGGUCUCUUAACUCAACAGGACCUUCUCAACUCGGACGGUCUGCAGGAAGUUUUUGCCACCAAUCUGUUUGGCCAUUUUCUCCUGAUUAGGGAGCUGGAGCCUCUGCUGUGCGAGGCUGAUCACGCAUCCAGGAUAGUUUGGACCUCCUCAAGUAACGCUCGCCGCUCUGCCUUCAGCAUGGAGGACAUCCAGCACAGAAAUGGGACAGAGCCCUACAGCUCCUCCAAGUAUGCGUCAGACAUGCUCAGCCUGGCACUCAACAGACACAAGAACAGCCAGGGGUUGUUCUCUUCUGUAAUAUGUCCAGGACUGGUGAUGACUAAUCUGACCUAUGGUAUCCUCCCCUCCUUCUUCUGGACUAUCAUCAUGCCCAUCAUGUGGCUGAUUAGGAUCUUCACAAACACAUUCACACUUACACCAUACAACGGAGCGGAAGCACUGCAUUGGCUGUUCCUUCAAAAGCCAGAGUCUCUGGAUCCAAGAGCCAAGUAUCACAGCUUAACAUCAGGACUUGGAACAAACUACACUCAACCUCAUCCGAUGGACAUCGAUGAAGGAAUGUCUGAAGACCUCUAUUCAAAACUUCUUGAACUUGAGAAAGUAGUCAGAAAGAUACUGAGUGAGAGAAAUGCUGACAAGGAAGCUAAUGGACAGAGAGAGUAGGAGUGAGUCUUUCGAGUUUUUCCUCUUGGAGACGGGACCAUGUCAAUCACUACUUACUGCCUUAUUUUUCUUCUUACCUUUUUUUUCUUUAAACCGUACUGUUGGAGUCAUGUGAGAUCAGUAACCAGCAGGAGUCUCAUCUGUUGCUGCUUUCGUGUGUCUUCAUUUGAUAGCUGUAUCAUGUUGCUUCUACAACAGGCUUCUUACCUUACAAA